CCCAUUCACAAUCACUUCAUCAACCCACACGCCCUCUUAGCGGCGUGGAUCUCCAUGCAUCAACAUGGGUUUCGAGCUGCUCGAUUGCAUGCGAGUCUCGGUCGAAACAAAAUUUCCUCUUCCCAUGUGCUUGGGAGGAACCAGUCUGUCCCUAUUCCCGUCCAGUUACGAACAAAUCACGGCUUGAUACUGGGCUGUCACAAUGCUUACGGUUGGGAUGGCCUGACUUGCCCGUGGUUGGCGCCGUGAAUCUUGUUGAAGGGCUCAAACCGACCGUUUGAUGGACCGCGUAAUGACUACAUACGCAACAACCGUGUUUUCAUCACCGAUACAGCCGAGAUAUUCUCGACGAUUCGCACAUCAAUAUUUCUGGCCACCGUAAUAUUUGCGUUAAAUCAAGGCCAGUCUAUCAACAAACCGCCUGCCUCUAGGAUCCUAUGCCCGUCACACCGAGCCUGUCUAUGACGUCGAAGCGAAGGUUGCCAUAUCUUCUCUGCAAAUUUCAUCAACCAGUACGGCGCAGCUUCACCAAGCACUAGCAACACUUCUCCGGCUAAAACUCGAAAGGCUGCCGACCAGGGAUUCUCAUCUCAUUCCGGAGUUGGUGCCGUAGCGCCUCCGAGACUCAGACAUGCCUCGAGCUCCGACCAACCACUCAUCCGGCCCACGUGACUUGGCCAUACUCAAUGCAGACCGCGAUAUACUACCUGGGCCAAGGCUGCUGCAUGAGCUUAUUGCAAUUACACCAGAACAAGAGUUGAUUCUCGACUUCCUCGCUGCAGACGGAUCCCGAAUCCAGCUCACGUACCGAGAAUUCAGCAAUCUCACCGAUAUACUGUCCAAUGAUCUGCGAGCACGACAACGGAAUAAUCAAAGUCGAGGAAGUAUUAUACCAAUUCUCAUACCACAAUGUCCCGAGCUGUACAUAGCUUGGGUCGCGGUUCUGAAGGCUGGCGCAGCCUUCUGUCCGGUUGCUCAGGAUGUCCCCGUAGAGAGAUUGAAGUUCAUGCUCCAGGAUGUUGAUGCGUCGUUGGUGUUGACUAUCCCAAAGACGUCGCAAUUCGCCGCCAGCGUUGCGAAAGACAUUACAUGCUUGAACAUUUCACUCGAGGACUUACGCCAGAGGUCGAGGUCUUGUAAAGACGACGAAGCUGACGCAGACCAGUAUAUCCAAGCAGACUCUCAUGGCCCUGCUUAUGUCAUGUACACUUCAGGCUCUACAGGAUUACCUAAAGGUGUCAUGGUCUCGCAUUUUUCAGUAUCUCAGUCUUUAUUAGCGCACGACGAGCAUAUUCCCCAUUUCAAACGGUUUCUACAGUUUGCUUCACCGACUUUUGAUGUGUCAAUUUUCGAAGUUUUCUUUCCAUUCUUUCGAGGCGCAACCUUGGUCGGCUGCGAGCGUGAACGUAUGCUGAGUGAUCUCCCAGCCACGAUUCAAAGUCUUGAUGCCGAUGCUGCUGAAUUAACCCCCACUGUAGCAGGGACACUUCUGCAGACAAGACAAGCCGCGCCUUGCUUGAAAACGCUGCUGACAAUUGGAGAAAUGCUCACCUCGAAGGUAGUGUCAGAGUUUGGCGGUGACUCUGAGAGACCAAGCAUUCUCUACGCCAUGUAUGGACCGACGGAGGCUGCCAUUCAUUGCACGCUCGCCUGCAAACUUGCAUCCGUGGCAUCUCCCCGGAGCAUUGGGCGUCCUUUGAGGACCGUGACAACUUAUGUCCUGAGUGAAACCGACCGCAACGUUGUUGCGUCGAUCGGAGAACCAGGUGAACUAGCUGUUGCAGGCCAACUUGCCGCCGGGUACCUCAACAGACCAGAACAAAACAAGGACGCCUUCGUCGACCUUCCAGGAUACGGUCCUGUUUACAAAACUGGAGAUCGAGCCAUAUGCCGUCUUGACGGCACUCUGGAGAUCCUGGGUCGGAUAAGUUCUGGGCAGGUGAAGAUCAGAGGUCAGAGGGUCGAGCUCGGUGAGAUUGAGGAAGUGGCCUCAAACACUAAUGGAGUUCAACUCGCUAUUGCGCUCGUCAUUGACGAUGCUCUAGUAUUAUGUUGCGCGGCACAAGCAAGCAUCGAGGCCAAAGACGUGUCCGCAACAUGCAAAGCAUGGCUACCUCCCUAUAUGCGGCCUACAAAAGUCAUAUUGAAGGAAGACCUGCCUCAACUCCCCUCUGGAAAAGUCGACCGUAAGACUCUUGAGCGAGAGUACCGAGACUACGUCCAGGAAUCUCUACCAAUGCAGAGUUUCCAAGAUCCAAUCGAAGCCGACAUCGCGGAGGUACUACGGCAAGAAAUUGCUCGGGAAGUUAGCCGAUCGACUUCUUUUUGGUCUUUGGGGCUCGACUCUUUGCAGAGCAUCAAAAUUGCUUCACGUCUUCGCGAGAAAUAUAGACAACUAAACGCUGCAAUGGUAGCAGAAGCCGAGAAUAUUGCCGACUUAGCGGCAAACCUCAAGUUACAGGAAAGCAGGGCGAUUUGCGACGAUGCGGAUCCUUACAAGACUUCGGAUGAGUGGGAAACACUCCAGAAAGCAAUGUUGAACGAUUCUCAAGUCUCGAAAUUGGGGCAAGACUGGGAGCGGUUUCAGCCUUGCAGUCCUAUGCAACUGGCAAUGCUGGUAGAAACCGCAACUGACGAGACGUUGAACUUCAACCAGAUUUGGCUCAGUCUCUCUUCUAAUAAGGCUUUCGAGGAUAUUUUUUGGGCAUUACAGAAAGUAGCACAACGCAACGAGAUUCUAAGGUCCGGUUUCGUUUCUACGGGUGACGGCAAGAUGCCAUUUGCACAGAUCUUGUGGAAAGACUUGCAAGUGAAUGAGUUGAGCCUCCUUCACCCCCUACAGCUCGUACAAUCUGACAGUGAUGAUGGCCAGAUUCUCGUACGCAUCCAUCAUGCACUUUAUGAUGGCUGGUCAUGGGAUCUGGUCAUCGAGGAUCUCAACGCCGUCUUGAACUCCAAACCAUUACCUAAAAGACCACAAUUUUCGCAGUUGAUCUCAUACCAGCAUCAACAGGCCCUUGCUUCUGAAGAUCUCACUUAUUGGCGCGAUCUGCUUCAAGAUAUUGUGCCUUUAGAAUUUCCAAUAUUGUCCACCUCAACGUCACAUUCAAGGCGCAAAGAUUCCAUUACUAUAACCCUUUCAGUUCCUUAUCAACAUCUUUCAAUAACAGCAAAGAAGCUUCACUGUAGCCGAGAAGCCUUGUUCGAAGCGGCUUGGGCGUUCUUGUUGUCUUGUUAUAUCGAUAAUCCCGAUGUUAUUAUCGGAGUGGUCUCCGCUGGUCGACAUCUACCAAUACUAGGGAUCGAAUCCAUCAUUGGCCCUUGCUUGUCAACAUUUCCACUACGACUCCAAUUGGAGUCUUUGAGGACGGUGGAAGAUGCAGUCAAUCUUGUUCAGAAGCAACGUCUUAGAACUCAGGUAUCCGGAGCCUUAGCGCUUCGAGAUAUCUACAGGGCAGCCAAUGUGUACUCUGGAACCAAAUUGUUCGAUACUUUGUGCUUGUGGCAGCAAGGCUACGAGCACAGCCAGUCCGGCGAGCGUUACGUUCGCACUACCAAGACGCAGGACAAAUUGGAUUACACCUUCGUCCUGGAGUUCGAGCCUUUCGACGAAGCCGUCUCCCUGCAAAUGACCUUUGAUGUAGACCGGAUUCCUAGGACCCACGCCGAGAUACUAGCUGCUCAGCUAGACAAGAUCGUCUCUCAAAUGGUGCAAAACCCUGAUACCGAAUUGAAACAUCUGUGGGACGGCUGUGAAUUGGAAUUGAUGUCAGUCGUUAACGCCGAAUACAACAAGUUCGAUUCAAGCUUUGACCUGACAACCACAAUCAGGGAUGUUGCGAAGACAGACCCACAAAGGCGUGCAGUUGAAUAUGUGCGCCGAUAUGACGCUGACUCUGGCGUGGUAGAGAAAGACACUCUUACCUAUCACGAGCUGCUCAUUCAGGCUGAGGGGCUUGGGUCUGCCUUGAGGACUACCUAUGGAAUUCAAUCUGACGAUAUUGUCUGUGUGAUCGCGCAUAGAUCAGUACAUCUAUACGUCGCUAUCCUAGGCAUCGUCAUCUCUGGAGCGGGUUACAUGUGUAUUGACCCGCAAACUCCACCGGAGCGGCUCAGACAAAUAUUGAAGCUCUCUAAGAGCUGCCUGGUCCUUUUGGGGGACGGUGCUGGAGCAAUUUCAACGAAAGAACGCCAGUCAGCGAUGAUACACGAGCUUCUCAAGCCGACGGAGCAAUCAAAACAGGCGGCUGAGGUACUCGAAGUGACCAACGAUCAUCUUGCCUACGCAAUAUUCACUUCGGGAAGUACUGGCAUCCCGAAAGGUGUCCUUCUCACCCGCAAGAAUCUCCUAAGCAAUCUCAAUGAAUUAUCGCACAUAUAUCCCUCUGAGCCGGGUAAAGACCGACUCUUGCAGUCGUGUUCCCCUGCGUUUGAUGUGUCUGUAUUCGAGAUUUUCUGGACCUGGCAUAUGGGAAUGACUUUGUGCACAGCGCCAAACGAUAUCUUGUUCAAAGACUUCCCACAAUUCAUUGACAGCUUGAAUGUUACUCAUCUUAGCAUGACGCCUUCUGUGGCCGCACUUGUCCACCCAGAUGCCGUCCCACAAAUCAAAAUGCUGGUGACUGCUGGAGAGCCAAUGAAUUCUAAAGUUUUUGGAGACUGGGCUGGACGCGGCUUAUAUCAAGGGUAUGGGCCCAGCGAAACAACAAACAUUUGUAAUGUUCGACCGGAAGUGUCACGAUCGGAUGCACCUAACAACGUGGGUCCGGCGCUGUCAAACACUUCGGUUUUCAUUUGCCAAAGACAGAAGUUGAACUCAGACUCAUCCGUACAAAACGCGACAAACAAGCACCCUAUGGAUUUUCAAUUGGUCCCGAAGGGCGCCGUAGGGGAGGUUUGGAUAGGCGGAGAGCAGGUUGCCCGUGGAUACCUCGACCCUGAAUUAACAGCCAACAGCUUUUUCGAGCAUCCAACUUUCGGACGACUGUACCGGUCUGGAGAUAUUGGGAGACUGCUUGCAGACGGAACGUUGAACAUAUUAGGUCGAGAGGAUGACCAAGUCAAAUUGAGAGGUCAGCGUAUCGAGCUAGGAGAUAUAAACUCUUCAUUGCUGAGGAGCAACGAGGUGAGAGAUGCUAUUUCCAUGGUCAUUCCAAGAGAGAGCGGAAACUCCAGCCUUGUCGCUUUCUGGACGUCUCGCUCUUCUAUUCAAGCAGGGGAUGAUGUGAAGUCGAUUAGGCACCUUUUCAAACAACUUGCAAGCAUACUUCCAACUUAUAUGAUACCUGAUGUUCUCAUUCACCUUGAAGAGAUCCCCCUGACAAGGCAGGGCAAAGUUGAUCGAAGAUUGCUGACCCGGGUGUACUUUGACACCGACCCUGAACACCUGCAGAUGAUUUCUCGAGAUAGUGGAGGCCAUGUGGACAUGACAGAGUUUUCUGAACAAGAAAGCCAUAUUGCUAAUGCAGUAUCGGCAGCGCUCAACGUUCCGCUCUCUACUAUCCGGCGCAAUACGUCAUUCUACGGACUUGGGAUGGACUCUAUCAGUGUGAUCAAGGUGGCUCGAGACCUCAGAACUCAUUUCCCAGAUGUCGAGAUUUCCACAUUACUGCGAAAUGCUUCCAUUAGUCAACUCGUGGCGUUGCUUGUAUCUGAACAACGCCAUCUAGUGAUUGCACCAGCCAAUAAGCCACCGAAGGAAAUGUUCGACAUGGCGACAAGGUCCAUGAUUGUGGAGGCUUAUGCAAAGGAAAGACUAGGUGUUGAGAAAAUCCUCCCUUGUACGCCUCUUCAGGAGAUAAUGGCAAUAGGGUCCUUGACACCUGCGUCCAAAGCCUACCAGAAUUCUUUACUUUUCCAUGUUCGAGGCGAUCUUUCGAAGCUACAUUACGCAUGGACACAAGCUAUGUCCAGACAACAGAUUCUCAGGACUGGGUUCAUCUUUCUAGACUCAGCCGAGAAUCCUGUUGCGCAAGUCGUCCUACAGCAUUUUUCCCUUCCCUGGUUCGUUGAUGGCGGUCCGUCAAACAUCACCCAUCAUCCUCAACCACUCAGGUUUCCACCCUGGAGUUUGCAACUGCAGAGGAGGGAAUCAGGAGACCACGAGCUGAUCUUGAAAAUUCACCAUUGCUUGUAUGACGCAGAAGCCAUGUCAAUACUCUUGAGCGAAGUCCAGGCUAUCUAUAAUGGCCACUCAUUGCAGCGUCCCAUUGCUUUCGACACAUAUCUCGACUAUAUGGCGACGUAUAUACCUGACGCCUCCGAUGAAUUUUGGCACCGUCUACUCAAGAACAGUACGGUCUGUAGACUUGGAGAUCAUGUAACAUCACUCUACAAGUCUGAAGAUCCCGAGUCUGCUGUUACCAGUCGCAGUGCAUCUUUGACCGUAAGAGAGCUUCACGAAUUUGCCCGACACCUUUCCUCUACCCCGUUGUCAUUAUUUCAAGCUUGCUUGACUCGGUUAUUAUCAUACCUCUUGGGAACUCGAGAUGUUUUGUUUGGCAGCGUCCUUAGUGGCCGCAAUUUGCCAAUCAAGAACAUAAAUAGGGUUGUUGCACCUUGUUUCAACACAUUGCCAAUCCGUGUCAACCUCCGUCGUGACGCCACGAACUCAGACUUGGUCCAGAGUCUGCAUGACACGAAUCUUGGAGUAAUGCCAUUCCAGCCAAGUUCACUUCGCCGUAUACAAAGACAAAAUUCGACGAAUGCUGGAGCUCUUUUUGACACAUUGCUAUUACUACAGCAUGGGGAAACAAAGCUGGACGAGCACAUCUGGUCUCUUGUCGAAGAGACCGGAGACAUGUCCUUCCCAUUCAUCUUGGAAAUUAUUGUGGGAGUCGACACUGAUGUGAUAUGUCUAAAGCUACACUCGGAAGUUGCCAACGAACAGUUCUUAGACCAGCUUCUAGCUGGAUUCGACUGUCUGCUUUCACAUACUGCAAAAUACCCUCAAUCGCGAGCUCACGACUUCUCUGUUGUUGUCGAUAGCCUACCAUCAACUAAAUCAAUUGGGACUGCGGCCUCAGACAGUCCAAGAAAAUCUGUAUCAAUGGAGGUGAACGGGGUCCACGCUACGCAAGAACAGCUUUCGGACCUGGAGACCUUGGUCGUGAACAUUAUGAGGGAACUCAAACCGGAAUUGCCAGCGUCAAUCCACAAGAACACUACUAUCUUUCAUCUGGGUUUCGACAGUAUCAAUGCUGUUCAGAUCGCAGCAAGUCUCCGCAGACAAGGCUAUACUGUUUCGAGCGCAGAUAUUAUGGAAGCUGCUAGCAUCGGCCUCAUUGCAGAUGUUUGCGGGACGAACAGUGGUAGGCACACGCAGUCAUUGACCUUUGACCUCGAAGCAUUCGACCAGAAAUAUCAUAAGGGGCUUUCCCAAGAAUAUCACCUCGAUGAAUCAAGUAUCGGAACUGUUCGACCAUGCACACCAACUCAAGCGGGAAUCUUGUCACAGUGUCUCCGCUCACGCAAACGCAUGUACUACAAUUCCAUGUGUUACAUGCUCGACAAAGAUAUUGAUGUAUCGAGGUUGAAGAUCGCGUGGACCGAAGCUCAGCGCAUACAUGAGAUGCUGAGGACCGGAUUUGUCGAAACGGACGACCCACGGAUUCCCUUUGCCAUGGUCACAUACCACCAUGAAGCCAUUCAGCUUCCCUGGACCGAUGCACGAUCUGUGGUCAACCCGAGUGACCGAGAACAUAUGCCGGACCAGUCAGACCUGACCAAAUUACAAUGGGCAAUUCACUUGACAUCGCAUAAUGGUAAUACUGCACUGAAUAUUUCUAUGCUACAUGCUCUCUACGAUGCCCGAUCCCUGGAGAUCAUCUUACAAAGCGUCGCUGCCCUGUAUAUGAACCAGCGGCCUCGAGAACCCGUUGCUAUCUCCCCAGUGGUCUCCAAGAUUCUAGCUAUGAGUAGGAACGAAGAAUCUCAAAGCUUCUGGAAGCAGAUGGCAGUGGAUUUGUCCCCGACUCGUUUUCCAGAUAUGAGAAUUCAUUUCACCGACGAUGAGAGUGUCUGCACGAUAUCUUCUCACUGUUCCAUGUCAUGUACAGUAUUCGAGACUGCAUGUGCUGAUAUCGGAUCAAGCAUACAGACUGUCUCACUCGCUGCCUGGUCGCGCAUACUAUCAGCAUAUACGGCUCAAGAUCGUGUUGCCUUUGGUGUCAUCUUGUCAGGUCGAGAUUUUGAGCAGGAAAAAGAGAACGACGUUGCUUUUCCUUGCGUCAACACUGUUCCUUUUGCCAUCAAAGCAACCCAGGAACCGUGGGAUCUUCUGGAGAGCAUUUCAAGACGCUCCGCAGCGAUGUUGAGGUACCAGCAAACUCCGAUGAACUCCAUCAAACGAUGGAUCGGAGUCGAAGAGGAACUAUUCGACACUGUUCUUGUCGUGCAAAAGUACAGUUCUACAUGUUGCACUGCAAGCCCCUGGAAGCUAUUCAGCGAGGAGACUUUGACAGAGUAUGCUGUCUCACUCGAGAUCAUUCCUACAGAUACGGAUGUAAAUCUCCAGCUCACGUUCCGCCAGAACAUCCUCCCAACGAAGCAAGCAAGAAUUAUCCUUGAUGAAUUUGACGGUAUAGUGAGAGGUAUUCUCGCAUCGGCUUCUGAAAAGCAAACGACACCUCCCCAGUCAUUGUUGUCGGUUGUCCCUCCGCUAGACCAGCGGAUUGCAACAGACGUUGAAUUCCUGCACGAGUUCGUUGAAGCAACAGCCAGCGAGAAACCAAGUAACGUGGCUCUCGAAUUCAUCAUCAGUAUUAAGGACUCCAUCUGUCAGAAACAGAGCUGGACGUACUCACAGCUGGACGGCCGGGGCAACCAGAUUGCUCACCUUUUACGAAACCAUGGUGCUUCGAUUGGAGACCUUGUCGCCGUCUGCUUUGACAAAUGUCCUGAAGCCUACUUCGCUAUUCUAGGAAUUCAGAAAGCUGGCUGUGGCUAUCUUGCGAUAGAUCCAGGCGCUCCGAGGCAGAGGAAAGACUUCAUCCUUCGAGACUCGAAUUGCAAAAUCUCACUCACGAUGAAUAACCUGUCAGGGCUCGAUGCUCUUGAGGAUAUUAAAGUCCUUUCCCUUGAAAGUGAGGAUUGGCAAAGCCUCCCACUUGAAAAACCGGUGUUGUCAAGACACCUGAGCAUGCAGGACACGUGCUACUGUCUCUACACCUCUGGAACCACUGGCACACCAAAAGGAUGCCUGAUCAGCCAUGACAGUGCAGUCCAAGCCAUGUUAGCUUUCCAACGCAUAUUUCGGGGACGCUGGAGCGACACUUCCAGGUGGCUUCAAUUCGCUUCGUUCCAUUUCGAUGUCAGCGUGCUUGAGCAAUACUGGAGCUGGGGUGUAGGUAUCUGCGUCACCUCAGCACCAAGGGAUCUCCUCUUCGAAGAUCUACCCGGGACCAUUAAUUCGCUAAACAUAACUCAUCUCGAUCUUACCCCUAGCCUUGCACGAUUACUGACCCCUGAAGAUGUGCCUAGUCUUUGCAAGGGUGUCUUCAUUGUUGGUGGCGAGCAAGUUACACGAGACAUCCUGGAAAUUUGGGGUGAUGUUGGAUGUCUUUACAAUUUCUACGGGCCAAGUGAAGUGACCAUUGGUUGCACUGUACAUCAAAAUGUUCCCAUCAACGCAAAACCCACCAAUAUUGGCCAACAAUGGGACAAUGUGGGCUCAUUCGUCCUUGAGCCCAAUUCACAGAGGCCUGUACUUCGAGGAGCCGUCGGCGAGCUUUGCCUCUCCGGACCUCUGGUGGGCAAAGGCUAUCUCAAUAGACCUGAACUCACAGCCGAAAAGUUUGUGGUUCUGAAUGAUUUCAAGACGAGAGUAUACCGAACAGGUGAUUUAGUCCGUAUUCUGCAUGACAAUAGUUUCGAGUUCCUGGGCAGGAUCGAUGAUCAAGUCAAGCUUCGAGGCCAGAGACUUGAAAUAGGCGAGAUCAACCAUGUUGCAAUGAAUGCAGACACGAGCAUCAAGGAUGUGGUAACUAUGGUAUUGAAGCAUCCCAUUCAGCAGAGGGAACAACUUGUCACCUUCUUCUCAACCGGACAGCGACAUUCUCAAAAUUCAAAGCCAGAAGUCCAAUGGACCGAGCAAGCCGAGACUUUAGCCAACAAAAUACAAGAACGUUGUUCCGACAAGCUUCCCGGCUACAUGGUGCCAAACGGGUUUUUGGCGGUCGAUUUCAUUCCACUUUCUGUGAACAACAAGGUUGACAGUAAGGCUCUAAAAGCAAUGUACGAGGCUAAUUUGUCUCAGGGGCGGCCUUCUCCAUCGACUGGCGUGGAGGCAGUUGCCCCUGAAAGCUCGGCAUUGCUUGGUGAAGCAGUGAAAAUCCUCUCUAACUUCUUACGAGUUUCAGAAUCGAUGAUAAAGCCAACCUCCAGGCUCUUCGAGCUUGGCCUGGACUCUGUUUCUGCUAUUGGCCUUUCUCGAUCCUUGAAGAGGAAGGGCUAUCAGAAUGCACACGUGGCUAACAUUCUACGCCACCAGACAGUCUCAGACCUAGCUCUUGCUAUCCAUGAGAAACCGUCGGUGGAGCAAAGUGAGGUGGUAUCAGUGGUACAAAAGCGCAUCGAAGCAUUCUCUCAAACUCAUCUCCGAAGAAUUUGUGAAGCGCUCAGAAUUAGGGAUGACGAGAUCGAAUCCAUUGCGCCUUGCACGCCCUUGCAAGAAGGUAUGGUAUCCAGGGUCGUCCGCAAUGAGCUCGAGGACAAUACCUAUCUCACAUGCUUCCGGUUCCAACUGAACUCAAGGGUUGACAUUGAGCGUCUCAGACAAGCAUGGUUAUCAGCAUGUCGAUCGGUUUCGAUUUUAAGAACAUGUUUUGUCUCGACGACUGAUGGGUACGCACAAGUGGUUGUUCGAACGUGUCCAAACAUGAAAAUCCUGUAUCAUGACCGAAAGGCAAAUUCGGGUGCAAAUGCCUCUGUCACUCCGAUUUCCCAAGACUGGGACUCCUUUGGGGCCACACCGCCAUGGAAGGUUGACUUGGUCGAUCUUGCCAGGACACAACAAAUGGUGUUGCAGAUAUUCCACGGGCUUUACGAUGGAAUUAGUCUUCCACUGCUACUGAAUUAUGUCACCAGUCUCUACCAUGGUUCAAAGGAAAAUCCCAAGAAUUUCUACGAAUCUCUGGCUAGCGGUCCGCUUUGUCAUAUGUUGGAUGCAGAGAAAUUCUGGCGGUCAAGGUUGUCCAAUUUCGAGCCGCUGAGACUUCAUCAAAGGCAUUCUGCCAAUGAGUCUUCAAGCAAACUCGUUCAUAUUGAUGCUCAAGUGUCUCUGGGAAUCAUACAACAAUUAUCCCAAAAGUACAACGUCACGUCGUCAGCGCUCUUCCAAGCUUCAUGGCUGUACACUUUACACAAGACUUUCAAAAGUCCACCCUCGAUGGGUGUUGUACUAUCAGGAAGGUCGACCGUCAGUGGAACCUUCGAAGAUGUGAUUGGGCCCAUGUUCAACACGGUUCCUUUCGCUGUCAGCACUCUUUCAGAGGGUUCUACCCUCGGCGACCUCGUCAGAGCCUGUCACAAUCUGAACGCAGAAGUGAUGCAAUAUCAGAGUACGCCUCUACGCAGGAUUACGCAUUAUCUGAGAGAAGAUCCAAGAUUCAGCUUGUUCGACAACUUGUUUGUCUUUCAGGCGCCUCGACAAACUCAAGAUGAAGGGAAACUAUGGAUAGAACUUACUGAAGACAACAGACCAGAUUAUCCCCUUAAUGUCGAGGUGACCCAAAGGGAAACAAUCUUCAACAUUUCCAUCGUUGCAAAACCGGAAUACCUCAACGAGAUUGAGACCCAAGAGAUUCUCAACAGCUUCAUCGAGACAGUGCAAAGCCUUGAGAGCGUAAACCAUGUGCUUCCCAAUAUCUUCUGCCAACCAAAACAACGAGACGCAUUGUCUACAGCCACAAGAAGCAAGGAAUUGGCAGAUCCUCAAAGGACUGGCGGAGACGAAAACAUGAACAGGACACAACAAUUGAUUCGUCAUCAGCUUGCAGAGAUGGCUUCUGUCGAGGAGGAGAUGAUCCGUCUCGAGAGGCCUACCAUUUUUGAGCUGGGCCUAGACAGCAUCGAAGCCAUGAAAUUGGCUACUCGUCUAAGAAACACCGGGCUCAAGAUCGCAGUCAGCGCCAUCAUGCGAUUUCCAACGGUUGCUGGCAUUGCUGAACACCUGCAGGAUGGAACACAAGACCCAUUCUCUGGAUCCUCAAAUCCAUCGGCAGGAUCCCUGGAUUCGCAGAAAGACCGGUAUCGGCGAAUAUUGGACCUUCAAGGAGUUAAUCUACGCAACGUACAGACCAGCUUACCUGUGACGCCAUUGCAGGAAGGGCUCCUGGUAGAGUCUUCGAAGUAUCUAAACAUGAUGGCCCUGAAGGUGAGAGCCGAUGUCGACAUCAAUCGAUUGGUCGAGACUUGGAUAAACGUGUCGAGACAACAGCCGAUAUUGAGGACUCGUUUCGCCCUUGAUGAGUCACCAGUUGACAAUGCUACAUUCUUCCAGUUUGUGUUGGAGGAACAUGUGAAUGUGGAAAUUGUGCAGAACCAGGAUCUGUGGCGGAUCAUUCAGAACCUUAGAAACGAUGCCACGAGUCGAGCAAUCAGCGAUCAACGCACCAAUGUCCGAAUUGUCAUCGACGAGGACAAGGUCCCAUUCAUUGUAAUCGCCCUGCCACAUGCACUGUACGAUGCAUGGUCGUUGCACCUCUUGCACCAGGAGAUUCUCAACAGUUAUCGGUCUCGACAGACCAUGCCGACUAAGAUUGUGGCUAUUGAACGGCAUCUAGAACGGGUUUUGGAGAGCUCAAAAAGCCCAGAAAGUCACUCAUUUUGGCAGAAGAGGGCGUCAGGGACACGUUCAACCUUGAUCCGACACAGCAUCAACAGUCGGGACCGAGCAAACCCCAGCCUUUUGUUACAGAGAGUAUCGAAGAUAAGUCAGGGUGAUACCCUGGAAUUCUGCAAAAAGCAAGGUAUUACUUUGCAAUCUCUCGGUCUUGCUUGCUGUACAAUUGCUCUGGCAUAUUAUACUUCUCAACUUGACGUAUGUUUCGGACUUGUUUUAUCUGGACGCACGACUGACGAUUCGGCACGCCUCAUGUUCCCAACUUUCAACACUGUGCUCUUCCGCCAGACAAUUGAGGAGAGUGAUACCAAAACACAGUUUGUGAAAAGAGUACAUGACACGGCUGUACAAAUUUUAGAACACCAACAUUUUCCCUUGCGCAAGACCCUGCAAUACGCCCGACAACAAGGAGCGGGAGGAGAAGUAUUCGACACGCUCUUUACAUUUCAGAAAUUACCAGACGCUGUUGACGCAACCGAACAGUUGUACGACGAGAUCGAAGGUACUGAUAUCUCGAUCAAUCCGCCUUAUCCUGUAAACAUCGAGCUCGAAGGUCAAGGUCAGGGAAUAACAUGGACAGUGGCCUUCCAGAAACAUGUGGCCAACAAGAUCGCAGCUGACAAUAUUUUGGAGUUGCUCGACAAAAUACUGUCGACACUCAUGUUGCGUCCAGACUUGGCUAUGCUCGAGAGAAAUGCUGAAGGCGUCUCCAUCUGUGGGCUCCCAAAGAUCAAGGAUGUGUUCAAGCUACACAACGGCAACCCAGCUCCGGUCGAGACCCACGAUGCGAAGAACGAUGGCAAUGAAGUGACCUGGAGUCCAAUAGAAACAACACUGAGGGUGGUUCUGGCCAAAGUAUCAAACACUGAUCUCAAGUUGAUCACGAAGAGCACCGGAAUAUUCCAUCUUGGCCUGGACAGUGUCAGCGCGAUCAAGCUCUCGAGCGUUUUCAGAAAAGAAGGGAUCAAACUCGCAGUCAGCGAGAUCGUCAAAGCUCAAACUAUCGAGGCCAUGGCGGCGACAGUGCAACGUGCGACAAAUGGAGGUACACGGCCAUCUGACAUGCCGUCUGAUACACGAACAAGUGACGAGGAAUUACAUGCCGUCCGCAGUUCUGUUGGUAUACCCUCGAUAGACAUUGAAGAGAUCAUACCAUGCACUGCUGGACAGAUUUUCAUGCUCGACAUGUGGAACGCAAGUCAAGGCAGAUUGUUCUACCCAACAUUCUGGUUGGAAGUCUCCGAGGUCAUGCCUGAAACCGUGUUGGACGCUUUUCAGGUUCUGACUGACCGAAUGCCGAUUUUGAGGACUAUAUUCGGGAAUUACAACCAUGAUGGUCAUGUGAGAACUUGGCAGAUUGUUGUCAGAAAGGAGGUGCGACGCAAUUAUAGCUUUCCUUGGACGUUGGAUGUGAAGAAGCAUGGUGGUGGGUCGCUCCUCACUCUUCGGAUUCAUCACGCCCUCUAUGAUGCUGUGAGUUUUCAACUCAUGGCCACCGAGCUAGAGAGAUUGUGCCGAAAUCCGAACCUCCAGGUUCGGAUUCGUGACAGUUUGUCGGACUUUGUCAUCAAGACUAUUACGGGCCGGGAAAGAGCAAGGAAGUUCUGGAGCGGUUAUCUGGACAUUGUUUCGCGUCCUCCUCUCGUGGGGAGAGGCACGUUCGAUUCUUCCCGAACCGAGAGAUUCAACCCUCGUGUCUUGCAGGUUGCUCAGCUGACUGACAGACUCAAACACCACGGUGUCAGCCUUCAAGCACUAUUCUUCGCCGCGUACGCCAGGAUAUACACUAGGAUUUGCGUGGGAUCUGAAGAAGACAAAAUCAAGACCAAUGCACCUUCGGAUGUGAUCGUGGGUGUUUAUCUUGCAAAUCGAUCACUGGACGUCGAAGUGAUAGCCAAUCUUGUUGCACCGACUUUCAACAUUGUCCCCCUGAGAGUUCAAUUUGACGCUGGAACGACAACUGUUGAAAUCGCGAAACAAGUGCAAAAUGAUCUUGCCAAUAUCACGAGCAUGGAAAAUUCCGGUGUGAGCAUGAGAGAAAUAUCCGAAUGGACAGGUACCAGGGUUGAUACCUAUGUCAACUUCUUGUCGUUACCUGGCGAGGACGACGACGAGGAGCCUGGGGAUGUGGACAGCAAUGCCCAAGGAGUCAACCGGCAAGUCCGAGUGACGCACGCCAAUGUCGACUCGGGAGGAAGGGAUAGCUUGCCGGAAUUGGGCAGUCCUUCUCCGUUUGUGGAUGGUGAUGGAGAUGGUCCUGCAUCGCGAGAGGUAGUGAAUUGGUGUUUGCCUGCUAUCGACAUUGAAGCGAAGGUCACCGAUGGAUAUCUUGGUAUUGGAGUAUUUGCUCCGAAUGAUAUGUUGUCAAUUGAUCAAGUUGAGGGGACCGUGGAUGAGAUGGCAAGAUUGAUGCUUGAAAUUGAGUAGGUCUGUGGGGUUUGAUAUUUACUUUACUUCUUCACUAGAAAUCGAGAUGUCAUUUUCAUGGAGGUGGAGUACAGGUGUGUUGAGAUGUCCAUUUGCAAUAUCAAUUUUUAUUCCUCUGGUCCUUUUUCAGCUGUCCAGUUCCCCAAAGUUCACGGGUGCUGGAUAAAUCACUCGCUUGGACAUACCCAUCGCAUUUAUUUUAGUGUCUUGUUCGUAGCAUCUUGAACGGCGUAUGUCCGUGCCAUAAGCCCCAGAU